AUGGGGGAUGACCUGGGGCUGACCACCGGACGUGCAGGGACGGAGCGGCAGGCAGUGGCAUCUAAAACGGUCUUGUCUCUUACACCACUUGAUGUGCAGCUCAUCCCGCACUACAGCUGGGAAGGAAGGCCCCAAGGACCUGGUCUUUGCAAAAAAUGUAAGUCUGACAUCACCAUGUUUGUCAUGGGUGUCAGCGAGAAGGAAUACAAGUCGAACAUCACCAUUGUCUCCAGCACUAGCUGCACCACCAAUUGCCUGCUCCUCUUGCUAAGGUUAUCAAUGAUAGGUUUGGCAUCGUUGAGGUUGAAUUUUAUUUCUUCAGUGGAUGAUGUGCUGCAAAAUAUUUGGGAGACUGGUGGUGGCGACGACGGUGCAUUGGGCUCAUUGUUUCUCGAUUUCGGAUGUCAUAGGGAGUACACCUCUUGUGUGAAUUUACUAUGGCCAGGUUGUGUGUCUAAAUCAGCUCUGUUCCUUAUCUGUUACAAGCCUGCUGCUCCUACAGCUGGGGUUCCUUCUCUGAUCCAAAGUGCUUUUGUGGAGGAGUCAGCGCUGAUUGCAAUAACGUUAAGUGAUGGGGCUUUCAGUUCUAGACCUGGGGAAGGGGCCUCUGGAUCCAUUGCUCGUGAUCACCAACGUCAAUUAUUUGCUUCGAAGGCCAUCUGGUACCCAAAGGCAGCUAAUGCCCUCUCUAUGGAGGCUCAUGCUAUUCGAGAUGGUGUGAUUCUGGCUAGGUAUCGGAAGGUGAUCAUGGAAACUGCUUCUCUGGUGCUCUCAAAGCUGUUGAACAUCAUGGAAUCUGAUUCUCUGGUGCUCUCCAAGCUAUUGAACAAUGGGCGCAGCAGGUCAAUUCCUUCAACCCGUGUCACCAGUUCCUCCAUUCCCCCAGGCUGCUCCCGACGCAACAAGAUCCUCCGUGGACCUCACGACCUCUUCCUCACCCCGACUACUCACAAGAAGUAGAAACAUAAUUAGUAGCUGUCCGUUUAUGUUUUUUUAUGCUACCUCCUUCGGUACAACAACCAUAAUUUGGUGGAGAAGCUUUUAAAAAAGCAUAAAAACUAAAAAAAGUGUGAAGUCAUACUAAAUUGUCAUAUGUUAUUGUAGCACCUUGAUGGAAUGGUGUGCCUGCAAGAUAGUACAGUCGUUA